CACUUUAUUCCAGAUGGCUUCCCUGUUAUGUUGUCAUGAGGCAUGUGGCACAAGCGUCAUCGUAGGGGUACCUCCUGAUUCCCAGAACCUCUCAAUAAACCCUAUGCUGCUACUGACUGGACGCACCUGGAAGGGGGCUGUUUAUGGUGGCUUAAAGGGUAAAGAAGGUAACCCAAAACUUGUGGCUGAUUUUAUGGCUAAGAAGUUUUCACUGGAUGCAUUAAUAACCCAUGUUUUACCUUUUGAAAAAAUAAAUGAAGGCUUUGACCUGCUUCGCUCUGGGAAAAGUAUCCGUACCGUCCUGACGUUUUGAGGCAAUACAGAUGUCUUCCCUUGUAGCAGUCUUCAUCCUCCUCUGCCCUACAUGAUCUGGAGCAACAGCUGGGAAAUAUCAUAAUUCUGCUCUUCAGAGAUGUAUUCAAUAAAUUACACAUAGGGGCUUUCUAAAGAAAUGGAAAUUGAUGGGAAAUUAUUUUUCAAGCAAAAAUUUAAAAUUCAAGUGAGAAUUAAAUAAAGUGUUGAACAUCAGCUGGGGAAUUGAAGCCAAUAAACCGUCCUUCUUAACCAUUCUACUGUGUCAUCUUUGCCAUUGAGGAAAAAUAUUUCCUGUGACUUCUUGCAUUUUUGGUAUCUUCAUAAUCUUUAGUCAUUGAAUCCAGUGGGGGGGAACCUUCACUUGCCCUGAACACACACCUGCUGGGCCACUGUGCUUGAAGUCUCCUACUUCUAUCUCAAUUUUCACUGUUGGCAUUUUCCUUUUUUAAAUAAAAUGUACCAAAUCCCUAGGGUAAAAGCUAUGGUAAGGUAAAGGAUAGACUCAUAUUUACAAAUAGUGAAGGUCCAAGAGUUCUAAAUACAAGAAAUUUCUUGGGAACUCAAAUAAAAUGUCCCACAUUUUACU